UUGGUCAGAGGCUUUCACCACACCUGUGCUGUUCACACCUGUCUUCACUUGGCAGCAGAAGGGGAGGGAAGAAGGAAGAGAGAGAGGGAAACAAGCAAGCAAGCAAGCUAGCUAGCUGCAUUUAGCAGGUACCUCGGGCAGUUAGAACCAGAGCGGCUGACAGUCACCGUGGGAGCGGCUUGCAAUGUCCUCUGCACCUUCCACCAGAUCUUUGCCUAGCGGCUUGGCUGUCCUGACAACUCUCCCAGAUGUGCUCUUCGUUCCUGAACUUGUCUUUGGGGGCCUUGUCUGGAUCCUGGUGGCAUCCUCGAAGGUCUCAUUAUCUAUGGUGCAAGGCUGGGUGAUGUUUGUGUCUGUGUUCUGCUUCGUCAUGUCCAUCACCCUCCUGUGUCUCUACAUCUGUGGGAUACAUAGGGGCAGCAGCUCCUGGGUCACCUUGGAUGCCAUCUGCCAGGAGAUAGCAGCUCUGUUCUAUCUCAGUGCUGCCGUGUUGGAAGCCUUUGCCACCUAUACCUUUAGCUUUUUGCCUCCCCAACAAUUGUACCAGUACCAAGAGAACAUAGCUGCUGUGGUAUUUGCAUUCUUAGCUACCCUGGUGUAUGUGGUCCAUAGUGUGUUCUCACUCCUGCGAUGGAAAUCAUCCUAAGAACCUCUCCUUGCAAGUGUGUCUUGUGGUCACCCCAUGAGCACGGAAUUUGCUCAAUGGCUGCGGUUUCCAGGCUCGGUUUGGGUUUCAUUUUUUAAUCUAUAUACUAUAAACAAGCAGCUUUUUAUGUGGGACUAUGGCAAUGAAGACUAAGAGCCUGCCAGAGAAAGCUAUAUCCUGGGACAACUUGUUUCCCUUCAGUUUCUUCUGGGUUUGGUACAAUUUGAUGUUGGUAGUUAGUGCACAAGUAGAAAAACAUCCAGCUUUAGAAAGAAGAAUAUAGUUGGGUUAGAGGUGCUAAAAAUCUUUCAGAACCACACCUUUAUGCCUCCAGGGUUGUUGCCAUCGGGGGAAGCCUGAACAACCAGCACUAAGGAGCAUGAGCAUGAAACCAGGUCAUUUUAAUUGCUGUCUGUCUGUGUAAGCCUGUUUCCCUCCCUAAACGUGCUCUGACAAAACCAAAACAUUUUCAUGCGGUUUCUGAAAAUGCCAUCUCUGACUUGCGAUGAGAAAUGGGGACAAUAUUUAACUUGCUUCGAGCAAUAUGAGUUAUUGCAGCCCCUGGAAGGUAUUGCUGAAUUAUGAGGCACAACCAUAAUACCAGGAAUUAUCGCUGUAUUCAAUCCCCCUACAAAAUGCAAUUUAGGAGUUGUGUGGUAGACUGCAGGAGAAUUGUAUGGAUGAUUAGAAUAACAUCUUGUCUAAGCAGAUACUCCUGUAUUUGGUGCAUGGCUGGUCUUGCAUAUGCCAGCACUAUGUUGCCAAUAAAGAUGGGUUUGCUGUAAUUUUGCAAACAGAAGAGUAAUUUCUGCUGUUUUCUCUUUGCACACAGGCACACAACCGUGUACAGCCUCAGGAGCACUGUGCUAGGGCAAUGCCUAAGAAGGAGGUACAGACUUGGCAAUGAAUGAGAGGGUUUUUCUGGCAAGGGGAGCCUGUGGGGCUCUGUAGCCAGGGGCUAAACCAACUCGGGUUAGUCUCAGUGGUGGUGUUCAUCUGAAUGCUUAAAUUACUCCAGAGUGUUAACUCAAGUGUGUUGGUUUUGGCUGGGGUAGAGUUAAUUUUAUUCACAGUAGCUAGGAUGGGGCCAUGUUUUGGAUUUGUGCUGAAAACAGUUUUGAUAAUACAGGGAAGCUUUUGUUAUUGCUGAGCAGGGCUCACAGAGUUGAGGCCUUUUCUGCUCCUCACACCACCCCACCAGCGAAUGGGCUGUGGGUGCACAAGGAGCUGAGAGGGGACACAGAUGGGACAUCUGACCCCAACUGACCAAAGGCAUAUUCUAGACCAUAUGAUGUCAUGCUCAGCAUCUAAAGCUGGGGGAAGAAGGAGGAAGAAUGAACGUUCAGAGUUACGGCAUUUGUCUUCCCAAGUCACUGUUACAUGCAAUGGAGCCCUGCUUUCCGGGAGGUGGCUGAACACCUGCCUGUCUGUGGGAAGCAGUGAAUGAAUUCCUUGUUUUGCUUGUGUGUGCAGCUUUUGCUUUGCUUAUUAAACUGUCUUUAUCUCAA